AAUGGGAUUAUGUGAAAGUAAGGAGACAGAGCAUAUGAGUUCACGUAGAAUUGAUAGUUUCAUAAAAUCUUCUCAUUCUUAUAAUAAUUUAAUAAGUUAAGAUACACAUUAAGGAAGCAGUCUUCCUUAUAAAUAUGAGACUGUCAUAAUACAGGAGAAUUUGAAAACAAUAGCUGAAGAAAGUAUAAUACAAUAAGAUCGAUAAAUUCAAUACUAAUCUACAGCUCCAUCUCCUUAAGCUUCAAUAGACAUGAAGCAAGUGUCUCAGUAGAUUCCAUUGAUGUUACAAAACCCAGCUGGCACUUGGAGUUUAUAGACACACGCAAUAAAACAUGGAGGAAUGUAUGAAGUAUCAGUAGGAAUGGAAUGUAUAGGGAUGUAUGAAGAAUGGGAAUUUAUAUUGAAUCAUGAAGGUCCAAUAAUCAAUUAGGAUAGAUUUGUGGUAAUUCAAAAUCCAUAUAAUUAUCUAGUUACGUCAUUUAUUGACUGAAACUUUGUUAGCCGCAGAAGAGACUCUAUAAGGAGAGUACAAGGUGGGUUCAAUAACUAAUAAGACAAUAAAAGAUUCAGCUAUUUGGUAAAUAGAAAUAGGAACAGAUAUUCUAUAUGAGAAUACUUUUGUUAGUAAUAUAUUUAUAUUAUAGUAGAAUUACGUCAUAGAAAUUCAAAGUUGUAUUUAUCUAGAAUAAAUGAGAAUGGAUCAAUGGAGAAUCAUCGUAAAGUAGCACUAACUAAUUUUGAUCCAAUAAAUAGUUUUUGGUUAGUCAAAUUAAAAUGA